AUGACAAAGACUAACAGUCUGAAAUCACAUCAUAUUUCUGUAUCACAUUAUUGGAACAUAGGAAUUCUUUCUGUCAGAAAAAUCCACCGAGCUACGAAGAUACCAUUGUCUACAAUUAGUUACCAGUUGAAAAAGCUCAAAACUCAAGGUUGUCUACAAUAUCGAGCGAGCAAUGGUCGAAAACGUAAGAUUGAUGCCAAAUGCAGUCAAGCCUUAGGUCAAUUUAUAAGGCGAAAUAAUGGAGUCACGUUGCACGAAUUGGCUGAAAAACUACGUAAUCAAUGUCAAUCGACUGUUUCCACCAGCACAAUCUCACGUCAUUUAAAAAGACUUCAAUAUGAAAAUUGUUUACCAUUAAAAACGCCAAUGUUGACACCGGAACACAAAAAACGCCGAGUUGAAUGGGCUAAAGCACAUUUAAAUAACAAUUGGAAAUCUACAAUAUUUACCGAUGAAUGUUCAUUUCAAUUGUUUAGAAAUACAAUUCGUCGCUGGUCAAAACAAACAAAAGAAGAAAAGAAAAGAAUUCCAAAGAAUAGACAAAAGGUUCAUGUUUGGGGCUCCAUCAGUUAUUGUGGAACAGUUGGCUUCCAUCCAUUCCAACGUAUUAUGAACAGUGAUUAUUACAUCGAAAUAUUAGAGAGCAACUUUCAAUGCUAG